UGCAGCGUCGGAGGAGGAGGAGCAGGAGGGCAGAAGAAGCCGGCGGGGGCCGGGACGAGACCCGGGACGAGGCCCUGAGGGGUGCGGGAGUCAUCUGGGGCCGGACCCCUGACCACAGGCACGCCCCAUGCCAGCCUCCCAGCCCGACAGGCAGCCCGGCCCCUGCCCGCCGGCCCUCGGCGCGGGCCCUGCGGCCGUGCCGGAGCGCAGCGAGACCCCGACCUGAGCCGGGCUCGGCGCCACCCCAGCCAGGGUGACAGCCCUCCGAGCAGCAUCCCCGGAGGAUGGAAGAGGAAAGAAUGCUGUGUGACUUCCUUGAGGAGGAGAACCUUACCAGUUCCAGGGAGGAGAGCACUGAAGGUGAUGUGAAGAUGUUUUGGACACAGUUGGGAGGUAGAAAAGUGGAUGUCAUAUUUGAGCAAGUGCAGAAUGUGCUGUCGUUGCUGAAGGAAAAGAUCAAGAAUGGAACUGCAACAAACCAAGAAUACUGGCAGGCUUGGGCACUGGUGAAUGAAGCCAAUCUGGGUGAUCUCUUCUCAACCCUGGAAAAUGUAAACGAUGAGUUGAAUGGAGAUGGUGCACAGGAAACCAAACUGCAGCCUCUUCUUUCAGAUGACAACGCUACAGACAUUAUAGAAUCUUCUGACAAUGAAAAAGAGGACAUGGAAGGAACCUGCUCAGGGAGUAAAGAAGCACCUAGCAAAAUUCAAGGUUUGCCUUUAAAUGUGCAGUAUCAGAACCACAAGUGCUCUAGUGCAUGUCUUGCCAACAGAGCAGUGGGCUCCUACAAGGGUGAAAAUCCUCUGAAGAUCCCAAUCCUGUUUGACUUUCAAAGACGCCAUGCAAAAGCAGACUGCCUUUCGAAGUCACUGGAUGUGAAUUACAAAGCUCCUUGCGGUCGGAGUCUGAGAAGCUUUCGAGAUGUGCGAAAUUACUUGUUUGAAACAGAGUGCAAUUUCUUAUCUGUUGAUCACUUUUCCUUCAACACAUACGUACUCUUGGGCAGGAACACCACGAAUCCCGAGCCCCUUGUGUUUGAGUUUGAUAUUAGCAACGGAGCUGAGUCUGUGCCUAUCUCCUUCUGUAACAAUCUCGACCACGCAAGACUGCCUUAUUUCAAGUAUCGGAAGUCAUCGUGGCCACGUGGAUAUUAUCUCAACAAUUUCUCCAGCCUCUUUGUUGAUUCCUGUGACUGCACAGAUGGCUGCAUUGAUAGGUCAAAAUGUGCCUGCCUACAGCUAACAGCAAGAGGCUGUAGUAAAAUGUCUCUGUCUCCAAGUAGUAAAAGAUCCCAUGGAUACCAUUACAAAAGACUGGAGGGACCUGUUCCUAGUGGGAUUUAUGAGUGCAGUGUGUUGUGCAAGUGUGACAAGCUGAUGUGUCAGAACAGAGUGGUACAGCAUGGCAUUCAAGUCAGGCUGCAAGUGUUCAACACGGAGAAGAAGGGCUGGGGCGUCCGCUGCCUGGAUGACAUCGACAAGGGGACAUUUGUUUGUACUUACUCAGGCAGAUUAAUGAGCAGAGCUGAAAUACUGGGAAAUGCUGAGCAAGAGCUGAAGGAGAAAAGUGCAGUGGAUGACAGAGGCCAUGACUUUUCUUCCAAAAAAAGAAAAUGUGGCAUUGACCGUUCAGACUCAGUGAUUGAACUAGUUCAGACUGACAGAAAUGACAUUCUUGAGAAUCAGGAAUCUUUGUCUCAGACUAAUGAUGAUGUGGAUAAUGAAAAGAAAUCAACCCUGAUUCAUCUAAAGAACUCACGUAAUGCAACUGUGAGAGGGCUUGGAACUAGAACACUUGUUUUUCGCAAUCACCAGCUAAAAAUGGUGCACAGUGCCAGCUCAGAUGAAGAUGAUAGUUCUCAGAUUCAUCAGUCAAGCAAAACAAAACUAACCAGUGGAACAAAGAAAGGAAAAGAAAAAUCCACCCAGCAGCAGGAGGAAGAACAUCUGAUGGAAGUUGGACAGACUGACUCUGCUGGUGUAGGGAGUGCAGGAUGCAAAAGAAAGAGUACGUCACUGCAGGGUGUUGACUAUGGCACGUCCACUGUUCUGGGUGACACGAGUGUUGUGAGGCCAUCCAAAAAUGCACCCCUAAAAGCUGACUGCAAAGAAAAUAGCAGGCAGCCAAAACAAGAUGCACUUUAUGAGGAGUCUGAUGAUGAUGGGAUCCUUCCCAAGAAUGCUAAUGAAGAAAAUAUUUAUGUACUGGAUGCCACAAAAGAAGGAAAUGUGGGUCGUUUUCUAAAUCAUAGCUGCUGCCCAAAUCUCUUUGCACAAAGUGUGUUUGUAGAAACUCACAACAGAAGUUUUCCAUGGGUGGCAUUCUUCACAAACAGACUUGUGAAAGCUGGAACCGAACUCACAUGGGAUUAUGGUUAUGAAGCUGGAAGCAUGCCAGAGACAGAGAUUUCCUGUCACUGUGGAGUUCAGAAGUGCAGGAAAAAAACCUUAUAGGCAAAGCUUUCCUACUGUGAUCACAUCUUGUACCUGGGGAUUUAUAUGCUGGAAGGGAUGAUUACUCAGCGAACAGCCCUCAAGUCCGUGGUGCUAAUUGCAUUCAACUAAAAUGCCUUUGAACUGAUGAUUUUUUAAAUUCACCUUUAAAUGUCACUUUUAUACAGAAUUAGAACUGUCUGUCCUAAGAACAGGCAUCAAACCUUUCCUAGGCAAUUUCUGUUCUCCUGGUCUUCCUCCUCUCUGCUUCUAGUCCACAAUCUAAGGUCAUAGUGCACUGGAAGAAUUUCUGCUCCAUGCCAUCUACAGAGACUCGACUGAUGAGAGCAACAGUUCCCUGGUGCUUUCUGUGCCCCACCACAGUGCUGGGGGUUUCAGAUUUCUGAAACUCAUUGUGAAUGCAAGACUGCUUGUCUGGGCACUAGGACUUGUUAAAAUACACCUAAGCCUGUUGGAUCCAGUGGGACAGAUAGUCCUGAACAGAGACAGAAUUAAACAGAACAGUUCUGCAGAGCUGUGUUAGUGCUACAAAAUGAGCUGGACAAGUCCUGCAGCAGCAGGAGGGAAAUGACUGGGUUUUGUUGGAUUGCACCCCUUUCGCCUUUUGUGACACACAGAGAAAUCCUUGAGAAAUCCAGUGUACCUCAUCUCAGUGCCAUAUUGUGUAUGAGACAGGUGGGCCACAGAAUUCGUUACCACAUGGUGUGUUGGUAAGAGAGAAACAGCUACUUUAGGAGACACAGAAUGCAGAUGCAGGAGGUGGCUCUGAAAUGGAGCAAGGGAAGGGUGUGCAGGUGUGCGGCUUUUGAAUGUGUUGGAGCCUUGGGCAAGCAAGAAGGUGUCACAGAUGAGUAAUUUAGAUGCUUUGGAAGAAUCACUUUCAAAGGCUUCAAAUAAAGUGGUUUUAUUAAAAAUGUUGUAAAAGUAAGAUUUAACGUAAUUUGAUAACAAAGUUUACUCUGUUACUGCAGAGGAUAUGGUAAUGAUUCAAAGUUACCAAUACAAAAUCUAGUGGCACCAUAGUACAAGGCUGUGUGUGACACUGGUUGCUUACCAAAGACCUGCAGUUGAUCAGGGGACUCUCAGCCUCGAGGAGUAACAUUGAGGGCAUCCCAGCUCACAGGGAGAUCACUGCCAUACAGCCAGCUGAUUAGCACGAGAGCUAAAGAAAAGGCUCACUCAGGUCAUUUAUGGAAUAAAGUGUUUGGCUUGAAGUCAAAUUACCUUUGCUGGAGAAGGUAAACAUGAGAGUCUUGUACCUGCACCUUUCUUUGUUAAUUGAUAAAUGAGUCUUGGAAGAACCA